AAUUACAACAGCAGUCCCCUUAUGUUUCCUUUUCCCUUCCAUCUCACUCGCAAUCUUCAAAGCAAUUUCCUUCUCGUUUCCUCCGGGAAUUCAUUUCUCAGUUCUUUGUCUUUUUUAGUUCCCCCCCUAAAGCUUCUCGCAUCUUAGAACGGUUUAAGAAUUUGGGUUUAUUUGUAUUUAUAUAUAUAUGCACUGUGGGACUUGAAUGUGUGUUUAUUUAUGAGCUUUCGAUGCGGUGCCCGUGGAUGAGCUUUUCCUUCUGUUUCUAAACCCUAAUUCCACUACUGUCGAUGGCGAUCGUCACAGGGGAUCGCUACCUCGAGAAGCUGGUUAAAUUUGUUGACGAACAAGCCGGGGCUUUGAUUGAAGGUACGAAGGUGCUGAAGCUCAACCCGGCUGGGCUCCACUACAUGCAAUUGCGGCUCGAGGCGCUCCAGGAGCUGGAGGGACUUCUAGCUGGAGCUCCGGUUGACUAUUUACGUGCCUACGUGUCGGACCUCGGGGAUCACCGGGCCCUCGAGCAACUUCGCCGGAUUCUGCGGCUCCUUACGACUCUUAAAGUGGUGUCUGCCUUGACUCCUCCUGCGCGUGACCCCACGCCUCUCUCUUUUCUGUCGUUUGGGAGACUGAAGGUUCUGGAACUCAGGGGCUGCGAUUUGUCUACUUCAGCAGCCAAGGGGUUGCUUGAGUUGAGACAUACCUUGGAGAAGAUUAUUUGUCAUAAUUCAACUGAUGCUUUACGACAUGUGUUUGCCAGUAGAAUUGCUGAGAUAAAGGGCUCUCCACAGUGGAACCGCUUGUCCUUCGUUUCGUGUGCAUGCAAUGGCUUGUUAUUAAUGGAUGAGUCUUUGCAGCUACUUCCUGCUGUUGAAACCCUUGAUUUAAGUCGAAAUAAGUUUGCAAAGGUGGACAAUCUUCGGAAAUGUGCCAAGUUGAAGCACUUGGACCUGGGAUUCAAUCACUUGCGAUCCGUCUCAUCAUUUAGUGAGGUCUCUUGUCAUGUUGUUAAACUUGUUUUGAGGAACAAUGCUCUAACUACAUUGCGUGGUAUUGAGAAUUUGAAGUCUCUUGAAGGGCUUGAUGUUUCCUACAAUAUUAUUUCCAAUUUUCUAGAGUUAGAGUUCCUUGCGGUGCUUCCAUCUCUUCGAAGCUUGUGGCUUGAAGGGAAUCCGUUCUGUUGUGCCCGAUGGUACCGUGCACAUGUAUUCAGCUACUUCAACCGUCCUGAAAAUUUGAAAUUAGAUGACAAAGAAAUCAGCACAAGAGAGUAUUGGAAGAGGAAGAUUAUUGUUGCCAGCAGACAGAAGCGACCUUCCAGCUUUGGGUUCUACUAUCCUGCAAAAUGCGAUGCUGAAGGAGCAGGGUUUAUCAAUAAAAAGAGGAUAAAGGCGUCUCGACUUGCUUGUAUUGAGAAUGGACAAGAUAACACAUGCAUUUAUUCCGAUCUAGAUUCUGUGUCAUGUGAUAAUGAAAUGCGAAGCAGAGAGGAGAAUAUCAUAUCUGAAGAUGAAGCUGAAAUAGUCGAUUUGAUGAAAAGAGUAGAACAAUUGAAGAAAGAACGUUCUUUUCUUUGGUUACGAGAGUUCAAGGACUGGAUGGAUCAUGCUUCUGAAAAUUUUGCUGAUGGUGGUUUUAAUACGGCUAUGUUACAUCCGGGGAAAGAAAAGUAUAAGAAAAGUGGGAAAAGCGUGAGGCAUCUUAGUGAAAGUUCUAAAUGUGUUUCAGAAUCGGUUCAAGGUUCAGGAGAUGAAAGUAGCAUGAAUGUUUUGGAAUCUGAUAAUUCUUUUGCAGAUACUUCAGCCAGUGUGAAUGCCAACAGAUAUUUUGACCACAUUUUUUCCUCAGGAAUUAAUGGUGGAUUUUCUCUACCAGGCUUGAGAACAAUGGAAGUGAAACAGGAGUAUCAAAAAUCACACUUGCAUGAUGAGACUGGUAGUGGAUCCAUUUUAGCUGAGAGUUCUCAUCAUAAUAUUUUUUUCCUUGAAGAAACUAAUAGAAUGGUUGAAGAUGCCAGUGUAUCACAUUUGAAUUCAAUUGGUAAUAUAACAGAGUCUAAUUCUUCAUAUGCUAACCCUGGAUCACCUCCUCAUUAUAAGAAGGAACUUUUGCAUCGUCGCCAGAAUUUGGUGGAAGAAAUUCUACAGCUAUCAGCGGAGUCCUAUUCGGUGGCAUCAUCAGACAGUGUUACGAGCUGCAGUGAAGAUGAUUACAGCGAAGCUAGGAUACCUGUUGAGGAAUAUCCCAAUAGGAGCACUGAAGGGCAUUCUCCAGCAAACUUUUUUGGGCAUGCUUAUUAUGAAAAUGGAAAUAACACCUCACAUGGGAGUGAAAAUGGCGUCUGCAUCAUUGAUUCACGCUCUGAACAAGCCCCUAGGACCAACAAAUUUGUAAAUAUGAAGCAAUCCCUGUCACUGCCCCCUGAGUUAGAUACAGGUUCUAAUGAUCUAGAGACAUCUUCUUUUGUGAACCAAGAGGCAGAUUGGUUUGAGAAGAGAAAAAGUGGAAGGAAACCAAAGAAGAGUGAUUUCACUGUUGGAAGAGAACAGCUGUCAACAUGUACCACAAGAAUCGAAUGGCAGCCUGGGGUGCUCUUCUCGGGGAAGAAUGAUUUUAUUGAGGACUAUUUCAAUAAAAAUGUUGCGGAUUUGAGAGCUCAUGAAACUUGUAGGUUAUAUAUGUGUUGCAGUUGUAUGGUUGACCAAUCUUUUUGCAAAGAAAGAGAAGUAGCUCUAGUAUUGAGCAGCGAGGAAAAGUUGUAUGUGCUGCUUGUUGGCAUCGCAUUUGACGGAUCAGAGAGUACCUUGGAUUUAUUAGGUUCACAUAGGAUUGAAGACAUAAGAGCGGUUUUAGUUGGUCUGAGCCUUCAGGUUGUGAGGGUGUAUGUUGAAGGGAGUUUAGCGUACUUGUUCUUAACAAGGAGCUUCGAGAAAUCAAUUCAAUUGCUUUAUACGUUGAAAUUUUCGGAUAUAUCUGCACCAAAUGAUAAAUGUUCUUUAAGGAGUUUGGAGCAGGUUCAGGUUGAGUUGUUUGAGAAACAAAUAUGUGGAGGUUUAAAAUUAAGCAUUUUCCAAUACUCAAUGGUGCUUUUUCAGAAAGGUGGCAAUGAAGAGGAAUCAUGGCUUUCACGAUCACUGUUUGUCAUUGGAGGACAAGUGCUUUUGUGUGUCGAAGACAUUAUUCGGUUCAGUUCUCUCCUAAAUGAUGCAUGUUCACCUCCAUAUUUCUCCCUGGAUUCAUGCUGCAAGAUCGCAGAUGUAUCUGAGAUGAUUAUCGAGAACAGAGAGAGGCGUUGCGUGACAUUAUCUUUCGAGUGCAGCACAACAGAGGUCUGCUCCUCAACGAAAAUACAAAAGAUGGUCGGUACAAGUAGUAAGAAAGAAAAGAAUGUAGCCAGGUCUCAGACUCAGACGUGGAAAGUGAAGUGGUUCUCGGAAGAGAGUCUGUCCCAGUUCGUGGCAUUGGUGAAGGCAAUCCAUCCGGGGACCACUUCAUCUCCUUUGCACGUAAGAUUUGAAUCAUAAGAGGUUUUAGUUGUGGGGUUUUUGCAUGUCCCUUGUUCCAUAUUCAUUUCAUUCUUUCUUGUGUGUGUUCUUUUCCGCUUAUGGGAUUUUGUUUGGUUGGUUAUGGUGUGUGCAGAGUCGGUAAGCGUGUCGGUAUUCUUUGAUUUGUAUUCUUUUGGAAGUUCAAUUUUCACAUGUACAGAUAGUACAGUAUACAGAAUAGCAAAGCAAGUCAGAUGUAUGGAUAUGUUAGAAGACUUGAGUGAUGG